AUGUUCAACAAGCUCAAGUCGUUUUCGGAGGACGUGGCCAAAAGCUUCAACGAAAUCUCCCAGAACGAGCCAAGAAGAGACAACGAGGCUUUCAAGCAACUCAAAGACGGCUCUGCAAUUCUACAGACCACCACACCCGAUGCUUCCGACCUCACACAGCCAGAAAAUGAAGGUUCUCCUUCUUCAGCUGAUGACAAGAUAAAUGAACAACAAGAAAGCUCGCAGCCUCAGACAACGCAAGAGCCUGGCACUGGUGCCUCAAACGCAGGUACGCAUGCUUUAACCGAUUCGAAAGCAUCUCAAGAUCCAUUGGCCAAUAUAGACUUAGAAUCAUUGCCGCAAGUAGUUAGAUCCAAGUUAAAGAAGUUCGUGAAGUAUGAGGAGAAAUAUCCAGUUCUUCUUGAUGCCUACAAAACUGAAAAGAAGAAAACUCAAUUGAUACAGAUUUUUGAGAAAACAUUGCUGGAUUAUACUCCUGUUCUGUCUAUAUCUGAUGUGUCUCUACUAGUCGAUCACCUUAAAGGAUUAUCUGAAAGGACGAGUAUUAUGGAGUCAGAAUUAAGAAAGUCAACUGCUCUGAAUUCACUGAUAAGCAAGGAAAGGGAUGAAUUGACUAAGAAAUUGUCAGAUAGUGAGAAAGCCUUGAAGUAUUCUGAAGAGGCCCUCACAAAACACGCCAAAGAGGAAGAAAAAUUGAAGAGUUUAAUAAAAGAGUUAGAGGGGAAGGUCAUUGUUUUGGAGGAAGCCGAAUCAAGUAUAGAAGAUUUGAAACAAAAGCUCUCCGAGGCUGAGACGAAUCAAAAUUCUUCUGCAGCCUCGGCAGAUCAUGAGACGAAGAUUGCUGAUCUUGAGGCUCAAAUCGAGACACUCAAGGCAGUGCCCAAUACCGAUGAAGUUUUAGAUAAGAUGAAAUCAGACGCAGCAAGCCAAAUGGAAAAACUGUCGCAAGAAAUCGAUGAUUUGAAACAAAAAGCAGAGGAACAAGCUAAUGUCAUUCAGGAAAAAACUGACAAAAUUCUUGAUUUGCAAAAUCAGUUGGAGGAGGGCCAACAACUUCUCCUAUCAAAAUCACAGAAUGUGAAUGACUUGGUUAAUGAUUGCAAGAAAAAGGAUCAGUUGAUCAACGAACAGAGUCUAGAGCUUAAGAGUUUGCAAGAGCUUUCUGAGAAAAACACCGCAACACAAUCUCAAAUACAAAGCGAAAAGAAGGCACUUGAAUCAGAUAUCGACAAACUCAAGUCCACACAGGUGAGCCUAGAGGAGAAAAUCAGUAGCUUGCAAAACGCUCAGCUUGACACGCUGGAAUUGAACUCACUCGAAGAAAAGUUGAACCAGUCCAAUGCUGAAUUAGCCAGCAGAGGGAAGGAGUUGGCCAAGAUUCAAGAAAAAUUUGAGGAUCAGAGUUCAGAGCUCGCUACCAUUGAAAAACUGAAAAAAGAGCUUGAGAUAGAAUUAGAGGAGCUCAAAAAGAAGAUGAUAGAUACUGUACUGAGGCUUGAAAAGAACGAGGUGGCAGUGCUCACUGAGAAUACCAGAAAGACUGACGUCGACGCUUCAAUUGGGCAGGAAACCGACAGCGUACCCCAAAAUGUGGCAAGCAACAAUUCCAAAAACAAGAACAAAAAGAAAAAGAAGAAAUUGGUGUCUCCAGCUCCAAUUUCCCAAGUCAACGAGGCAACCGAUGAUGGUCAGAACAAGGAGAUCAAAGAUCUUGCCCUCAAGAUUGCUAACUUGGAAGAGGAGUUUGAAAAGUCUAAAAAAGAUAACCAGGAGCUCAGCAAUACUAUAGAAAAGUCGAGAAAGGAAAUUGAGAUGUUAGGCGAGGAAAAGGCACAAAUUUCCGCAGAGCUAAGCAAAUGUAGAGCAGAGUUGAACAAGAAAAUCGAAGAUCUCGACAUGCUCAAAGAUCUGCUUCGUGAUAUUGGCGACGAAUUGGUAACCGUCAAAGACAGAAAUAAGACCAUCGAGAUUGAAUGUGCUAAGGAAACCGAAGAGAAGAUUAAAGUUUCGGAAAAUAAAGUGCUCGAUCUUCAAUCACAAUUGAGCGAAAAAAAUUCUUCCCUUGAAGCCCUAAUUAGAGAAGGAAAGAAACUUUCGUCUGAUUUAGAUGGAAGUAAAUCGACACUUGCCGAAAACAAGUUGCUCAUCGAUAAAUUGCGCAAAGAAGUUUCUUCCAGAGAUGGUACUAUUCAGGAUAAUGACAAUGAACUUAAGCAAUUGCACGAGCAAUCAGUCAAGUUGAAGGAGGAUGCAGUGAAAGCAAAGUCCAAAUUGAACGAUUUGGCCAAAAGUGUAGCGAAGCUCACUGAUGAAUUAGACACCAGUGAAAAAGAGAAGAACAGCUUGCUAGACGAGAAGAAGCAACUCAAUGAUCGUAUUGACGAACUCCAAAAGUUGAAGAAUAAUGAUGGUUCAUUGAAGUUAGAGAUAGCGUCUCUACAGGCGUCAAUAUCUCAUAAAGAUGAGCAAAUUCAGGAACUCAAAUCUACCAUUGAGGCUAAAAAUAAGGAAAGGGACGAGAUGAACAUCUCAAUUGCCGAUUUGAAGGCCACCAACAAGGAUUUGCGGAAUCUGAACAAGAAUCUUGUCUCAGAGAGAGCCUCGACCCAGAAAAAGAUGGAGGAUGCGGCCGAAAGGUCAAAAGCAAUGGCUUCAGAGCUCUCCAAGCUUCAAGUAAGCAAGCAAGAAGUUGGAACGGAGCUAGAAAGCUUAAAGCUCAAAUAUGAAUCUUUAUUCAAGUCAAGAUCAAGUUCCUCGGGAGAGCUCCAGGCAUUGAAGCAGCAAUACGAUGAGCUCUCAAUUCGGGCUAAAGACAGUCAGAACAAGAUCGAUGAUCUCGAGGAAGAAUUAUCAGAGACGUCGAGGAUGUUGCAAGAAAGAACGCGGGAAGGAACGGCGCUAAGACGAAUGUUGUCUGAGACCAAAGAGGAACAUGAGCAAAAAUACAGUGAAUUGAAGGCAGAAAUUCGUGGAUUAAAUGAAGAACGAGAUAAUGUCCUCGCUGAACUACAGAGCUUGAGGAAGCGAAGCCAACGAGAGGUCGAGGAACUCACCAAGGAGACAGAGAAAUACUCCAAAAGAAUAGCAGAAUUUCAAGAGAGCUCGCAGAGUUUGAGGGAGCAAAUUGCAUCAGCCAAGCAGGCAAAUAAGGCCCUGUCGCCCGAUGAUAUUCAGAAACAAAAAGAUUUGGAAAACACGGUGAACGAGCUCCGUUUGUCACUUGAAAAAGCUAGCGAAAAAUCUCGCGAAUACGAAAGUCUCAAUCAAGUCCUAAAAAAAUUGAAGGAUGAGUCGGAUUCGAAGUUCGAGCGGUUGACCAAGAACUAUAAACUCAUUACUCAACAGUAUCGACUGAUGAAGGAGCAGAAAGACAAGAUGUCUUCUGCUUCAAGUUCCCGGAAGCUGUCCAUUAGCGAGGUUGGAGGUGCGCCCUCUGGUGUUAAUAUUGCCUACUUGAAGAAUGUGUUAAUUGGUUUUAUGGAACACAAGGAGCAACGCGAUCAACUUCUCCCUGUGUUGACUACUUUGUUCCAAUUGGAACCAGCUGAGCAGAGAAAAUUCAUGGUUGCAUUGAAAUAA